CAACUACUGUGGACUUUUACAAAAUGUCUGAAAAAACCAGAAAUGAUCAAAAAGUUUCAAUAUCUUCAAGAAUCAACAUCACAGUUAUUGUGAGACAAUUUCAUCCAAAGUGGAAAGAUUCCCCAAGUUCUAUGAUAUUACAAACUGGAAUAACUCUGUUUGGUUUCCUGAUAAUCAUAUUUCUUGUUGUAAUAAGUCAAUUGAAUAAAACGUCUGAAAUGUUAACAGAAGAAGAGAGUAAACAUGAAUCAAUAGAUAAAGAAGUAUUGGCUCGUCAAGAAACAAAAGAUGAUACAUACAUAUUAUCCGUUUAAUAUUCAAUUUAUUCAAGUAAUUUAAUUUGUUCAAUUCAUUUCAAUGCAUUAGGUAUCUUUACAACGGUUAUCAUCAUGAUUUAUCAUAUUUAAUAUUUUAAACAUUUCAUAAACAAAUGAAUUAAUAAACUCCCUAAG